UGACAACCCUCAGAUCGUGUGAACGUGAGGGCGUGACGGGAGCUGUGCGUGCGUGUGUACAUGCGCGUGUGUUUGUGUUUGUGUUUUUCUUGGUUUUCUGGUUGUCUGCAUUCCUCUUCCAUUCCCUCGCCUCAUUCCCCUUUCUUGCUGUCCUUCCUUUUUCCUGCUUCCCAUCUUCCUCAUCUUAUUCCUUCUUAUCUCAUUCCCCUUUCUUGCUGUCUGUCCUUCCUUUUUCCUUCUUUCCAUCUUCCUCAUCUCAUUCCUUCGUAUCUCAUUCCCCUUUCAUCCUGUCCUUCUUUUUUCCUGCUUUCCUCCUUCUCCAUUUCAUUCCAUCGUAUCUCAUUUUUUUCUAGUAGUCUCCAUUCCCCUUCCAUUCCCUCGCCUCAUUCCCCUUUCAUCCCGUCCUUCCUUUUUCCUGCUUUCCUUCUUCAUUUCCUUCAUUCCUAUCUCACCUGUUUUUCUGGUAGUCUACAUUCCUCUUUUUUCCCUCGCUUCAUUUUCCUUAUUCCUGUUUGUCCUCCCUUUUUCCUGCUUUCCUUCUUCUUCAUUUCAUUCCUUCCUAUCUCACCUGUUUUUCUGGUAGACUAUUCCCCUCUAUUCCCUUUCCUCAUUCCCCUUCUUCCUGUCCCAAUUUUUCCUUCUCUGUUCUUUGUAUUCUUAACAUCUCUGCGACAAUGAGACGAAGGCGCUAUAUCCAGGAAUGGUUUCUACGAGGAGUGCUGCGGGGGAUGGCGUCGUUGCGCGUGGUGCUGGUGCGCGGCUCCCUCAUGCUCAAUGCCGUGCUGGUGUUCUAUCUGUGUCUCUCCUGGAUCUCCAACACGCCCAACGUACACUCACCCUCCUCCAGAGAUGUCCACGAGCUGUCCACGCCCGCCGCUCUCUACGCCAAGUACUACAACGGCGCCAGUGUCAUCGAAAGUGUUAAGUUGGUGAAUGACGGGGCAGAGCCUUUGAUAGAGUCCUUACCGCUGAACCAGCCCCCCAGUGUUCUGCAAGGGGAUGAGGGAAUGAAGGAUGUGUCUUUGGGUGGGCGGAGGACGCUGGGGCAGUUACCGGAGCAGGGCGGAGUGGGAGGAGGGGAGGGAGGAGGCGUGGAACCGGAGGAACCGCCAAGAGAGGUGCAAGAGAGUGUUGGAGUGACGGAGCAGUUAGUGGAGCCUCUACCCAUGGAGCCUCCUGACCCGCCGCUGGACUCCCUUGAGCGCAAGAUGUACCCCGACCUGAGGGAGUGCACGACGAAGCCUCUGAGACCGUUCUACCAGCAGCGGGGCGAGUAUUGGGUCCUCGAGAAUUACCUGCCGGCCGCGAUGUCGUUCCGGUGUGACGAGUCCAUCACCUACACGACCCACGGCGACUACACCUUCUUGGACAAUCUGGAGCCCCUCACGUCUCGCUGGCAGGGUCCCGUCAGCGUGGCCGUGUACGCCCCAGGGGACGACUUCAACGCCACUGUCAACACGAUCCUGUACCUGCGAGACUGCUGGGCCGAGGGCAUCAAGAAAUACGUCAACUUCCAUCUCUUCUUCCACGUCAACCACACGCCCAAGUCGAUCCCAUCCACGGAGGCGCUACUGAAGCGAAAGACGGACUGUGGACAGGAGCCGCCGAAGUGGACCAACGUGACCACCUACCGACAGGCCAAGAAGCUGCUCUACCCAGUGAACGUGGCCCGGAACACCGCCAGACAAGCCGUGCAGACCUACUUCGUGUUCCCCUCUGACGUGGAGCUGUACCCGUCUGUUAACCUCAUCCCCGAGUUCUUCCGCAUGCUGAAGCGUCCGGACGUCUCCAACACCACCAACCCGCGGGUCUUCGUCUUCUCCAUCUUCGAAGUGCAGGAGAACGUGACGGUGCCGGAGACGAAGGAGGAACUGCUCAGGAUGUUGGACACUAAGGAGGCGAUUCCCUUCCACAAAUAUGUCUGUCCUAAGUGCCACAACGUCCCCAUGUCUAAGGAGUGGAUGAAGGGCCCCGUGAAGCCUGGCGUGAACGUCUUCCACAUCGGUAAGCGAAAGCCGCCGUUCAGCAAGUGGGAGCCCAUCUACAUCGGCACCAACAAGGACCCGCUGUACGACGAGCGGCUGUCCUGGGAGGGCAAGAGUGACAAGAUGACGCAGAUGUACAUUCUCUGCGUGAGGGACUACGAGUUUCACAUCCUGGACAACGCCUUCCUGGUGCACCGCCCGGGGAUCAAGAAGGUGCACAAGGAGCCGCAGAGGGACAAGAUCGUGGCCAGGCAGAACGCAGCUAUCAGGGGCAAAAUCCUUCCCGAGUACAAGACCAUAUUCGGCAUCAGGAAGAGUUGCGUCAUAUGAUCCCUCGCCUCUCAGAUCAUCCAUCCCCCUCUUCCCCCGUCCUCACUCACACCUCACGCACCUCUGAGUCCUACUGUAGAGGGUUAUUUAUACUUAUAGCUCGGAUGCAUCGUUAUUUUUGUAGGUGGAAACGAAGGUGAAGCUCAAUCAUUCAUGCCUGGCUGGUGGAAAGGCGAGUGUAUGCGUAGAGAUGAGUGUUUGUUAUUUUUUCUAUUUCAAUCAAUCGGUCGAGGGCGCAGGGAGUGGCCGACGCGAUGGUGAUACAGUUGGGUGCCGUAACUCAGUAUUUUUGCAAUGGUAGAUGAUAGUUUAGGGUGAUAACGGUGUGUGUGUGUGUGUGUGUUUGUAUGCGUGUGUAUGUGUGUGAGAGAAAGGGAAGGAGAGAUCAGGAGAGAACGCUUACUACCCCGCCUCUCUCCCACAUCUACACCAGAAAAUCGAAUAAGUUGGUGGAACAGCGUGCCCUUCCGUUGCCAUGGAGACUCACGACGCGGCCUCACACACCACCCUUGCCUUCUUCUUCCUCUUCUGACCUGUUUAGCUUUGUAUCGCUUCGUAGGUCCUCCUCCUCUUGCUCCUCUCUUCUGCGUGAUGAGGUUAGCGACGCCCCGGGUGGAACUCUCGGCCCACUCGUUUUUCGGCACUUUUGUAGCGUUUUAGGGGAAAUAGUUGAAGUGGAGUCCUGUUAAAAUGCCUUCUAGAUUAGACACUUGAGGGGGGAAGGUGUGGUAUGCAGCUGAAUUCCUUUGAUGCUUCGCGUGGAAGUACCCAGAAUAUUGGUGAACCUGCCGCUUUGUAAAGAAAAUGAGGGCGAAUAUGCAGAAUGAAGCCGAAUGCUCUAAUUGCUGACUGAGGUGAAAGGAAAGCGCAAUCCAUAGUUUUGUCUCCUGUUUUUACUUCUCUAUGCAAGACUGUACGGAAGAACGCCGAUCCAAAGGCUAUACCGACUCUUUCCUCUGGCUGACUCUCAACUUAAGCUAAAAUUUGGUCCUCUCGCUUCGUAGUGUUAUAGUGAUCUGUGCCUAGCUAAUAAAAAAUGUGCCUUGUGUGUGAGAGGGAGGAUAAUAUUUUUGUAAUGCUGAUUUUGAAAGACCUAUUUUGGGCAGGUUAUAAAUACAAGUUUUGCCCUCUUACCUACAGUAUUAAACUCAGACACACGGGUAGGAAGGAAAGGAGCGUUCGAGAGUCUAGCUCCUUUCAUAGUGCCUUAGUGAAUGAACAUGAAGAGAAGAUGAAAAUAUCCGUCCGUGAGUAAGUUAAACAGUACAACCCAUUUCGUGCCCUUACCCAAACAGUAUUAAACCCAAAUGAAGAAAAACAUAACGAGCGAGCGAAUAGUUCCUUUUAAGUGCCUUGAUGAAUGAAUAAGAAAAUAAACGCGUGCCUCAGGAAAACCAUUUAUCGGUAUUGUUAGGUAGGACCAGACCAAUGCCUUCUCUUAUCAGGGGAAAAGAUACUCAGGGGAAGAAAAUGAAAAGAAAAUGAGAAGAUACUCGGUAGAAGAAAACUGAACUGAUGUAUAAACUGAAAUUCACUAAUAUCACCUUCAAUUUUCACGGUAAUUAUCUUUCGUCUCAGUAUCCCAUUCUUUUAACAUGUGUACUAAUGGAAUCGUGUGUGUGUGGCUUGGCGGACAUACACAAAUGAGGCUUAGGUCUUUUUACGAGGUUUUGUCAUGAAGGAAUAAGAGAAAGAGGAGGAGGAUGAGAAAGAAGACUCGGUUACCUUCACCCAGCUUAUAAUUUCAAUGGGUAGAGGCUGAAUCUUUCCUCGGGUGGUGGCAAGUCCCUCUUUUUGGUGGUGUUGGUGGAUGUGGUGAUGAGGCGCUGCGUGUGUGGUGUUGUGAGAGGCGGUGGUGGUGGUGUGAAUGGAGGUGACGAGAUGUGUUACGAGUGAUGAUGGUGUUGUGAGUGGUUGUGUGUGGUGUUGCUAGUGGUGGUGUGGUGCUGAUUGGUGGUGUUGGUGUUGCGAUAUUACUACAUUCCGUAUUGCAAUAAGGACUUGAAGUAGACAAUAAGGAAUCGGUGUGUGUGUGUGUGUGUGUGUGUGUGUGUGUGUGUGUGUGUGUGUGUGAGCGAGUGAGCGAGAGAGACAGAAUUAAGCUAAGCAAACAUACUAUUUUUAGCAAUAAGAGAACGCGUGCCUUAACUAUCGUAAUUCUUUAAAGCAGCAAAACAAAAAAAAAAGGUAGUUGAUUCCUCGAGACGUCUUUUAGUUUUUUUUAUAUAUAUAUACAACAGCGUGCAGACUCCUUAUCACCUACUAACCUUUCUUUUGUCCUUCAUACUCUAAUUCUACUUUUCCGUAAUUCCCUAAGUCAAUAUUCAUGUCAUACAAACCUCCUAGACACAGAUUUAGAGGCCGUUAAUGUUUGUCAUGUUUCUGUAACCUCUCCAUGAAUCCCCAGUUACAAGUACCGAAUUCUUUUUCCAAUCCUCUUUUCGUUAUAUUUGUACUGACAUUGUGGAAGGUCAGUCAGUAUGUAUGAUCAGAGCUUUUGAUUAUUUUUGUUAUGUGACCGAUUUAGAGACUCAUAUUGGGUUUAUCAUUUAGAAGCAUCAUUAUUCAUUUUGUUUACACCUUUCGGCCUAACAUUAAGAAGGAGAAACACACUUAUUAAAGAAGAUAUCAGUACAUUUAGAGUGCACAGAUGUUGCGCCGACUAAACGAAACUUUCCAACAUUGAAGUGCCUGCAACAUCGUGUGGACCUGCAUUUUAUCUCCCUUAUUUUCACUCCCAGCUGUUACUUGGAAUCUCGAAGGAGAAGAAUGUUGUAGGUGAUUGAUGAUGUUCAGAAGGAUGUAAACUAAGCUGUUGUUGUUGUUAGUAUCUCCUAAAUAUGCUUUCGUUAUUUUGUAUGUCGUAUUUCGAUUCUUUUUUAUUGUAAGCAAAGUCCAUCCGUUCCUCGUAGCUUUCUCAAAUAAUCUUUAAUGCUUUGUUUUUACAGAUUCAGAUGUAAUUUGAUCGUCAUUUUUCGUUUUAGUUUAGAAUUCGCCUUCCAGUUUUAUUUUUUUUGCCAUUUUCGCUCAAAUCCUCCCCCCGUGUCGUGAUUUUUAAGUGUUAUUUAUUGAACUUAUCAUUACUCUGAGUUGGUCCUGGCCGGCGUCUGGAUGUGAGUGUGUACAUAGGCCAUCUUGAUCUGGGAACCUUUUGUGUAAUAAAACGGGAAAAUGUGCUGUU